UAAACCUAGACUGCGUAGUGCCUCGCCUCCUCUUGCAUCGGGACGCCGUCACCGCGACGACAUGGCAAAGGGAAGCCGCCCCACUUCCAGAGGUUUCUCCACCUUGGAGAAGUGCUUGAUAUUCCUCUGCGUGCUCUUUACUGGGGUAUGCAUCGGACUGGUGGCGGUCUACGUCGUCGAGAACAAGAAGUCUUCCAGCGGAAAUGAGGCCGAAGCGGAGUCCCAGUGCGGCAGCCUGCAGCCCUUGGACGGUCCGUCGGGACAGUUCGCCAGCGGGAAUUACCCCGGCAGCUACGACAGCGGCGCCAGCUGCAGCUGGCGCAUCACCGUCGAUCCAGACAAGGUCAUCCAUCUGUGGUUUGAAGACUUCACCCUGGAGGACUCUAUCUUAUGUCAGUCGGAUUCUGUGUCGGUGAAGGACGACCUGGGGAUGAUUGGAAAGUUCUGUGGAUACGUCAAACCGAAACCGAUCGUCUCCUUGGGAAACACCUUGACGGUGUACUUCGACACCAACGAGCGGGGCACGGACACGGGUUUUAUAGCCCGCUACAGCGCCAUGAGCCCAGAACGCACCGCGGAAAUAGCCGGAGCGGGCGGCCACCUGCAAGGUAGCCAAGGGGACCUGCAGACCCCAGGAUUUCCUGAGAAGAACUAUGAAGAUGGGGUCACGUACCAGUGGAGGAUCACGGUGCCGGCAAGGGCGAGGAUCUGGCUCACCUUCUCCGAUUUCGACCUGGUUCCCGAGGCCUGUGGUGACUUUGUAGAGGUGUACGACGGCCCCUCCAUCCUCGGUCGCUUCUGCGGCGGCUCGGCACCAGGUACGGUGGCGUCCAGUAACAACAUCUUGACAGUCCGCUUCAAGACUGACUCCAGCUUCAACGCUCACGGCUUCCGAGCCGUGUACGGCACAGCCCCGCCGGCCGCCGGCACCACCACCACCCGCACCAGCACCACCAGAACCACCAGCACCAAGCCACCAGUCACCAGCGAUAAGCCCCACACGACCACCUUGACGCAGCCGGACGACUCGGGCUGUGGAACCAGCAGCCUUCAGCAGGGCCGCAAAGGUGCCAUUAGCUCCAAGGGGUUUCCUGCGCCGUAUCCGUCUGACCUGCAAUGUGUCUGGAACAUCACCGUCCCCGAGGGUCUGCUGGUGAAGUUGGAGGUCACGGACAUGGCCGUGGUCGGGGAGGCGGGCCAGUGCGGCCCGGACAGACUCCUGGUCUCGGAUGAGCUGCAGUCUCUCGGCACCCACUGCGGCUACAUUCUCCCACCGCUGCUCAUCAGCGCCAGCAGCAGGCUGCACCUCAGCUUCCAGUCCGACGCGCGGCUGGCCGACCGCGGAUUCGCCGCCUCGUGGGAGGCUGUGUACCCAGAAGACAUCGGAGCGAUCCAGGGCUGUGGAGGUUUUUCCCGAGAGAGGACGGGGAUCAUCACGUCCCAGAACUGGCCCUUGAACUACGCCAGCAACAGCGAGUGCCUGUGGAUGGUGGAGGUGCCCGCAGGGGAGACCAUCACGCUGACCUUCACGCACUUUGAGGUGGAAGAGGCGGGCGUCCUUCUUGGGAAGUGCUUCGACCAGCUGCAGGUCUAUGAUGGUGCGGCUCCGGGAGCUACGAGAUAUGGUCCGUUCUGUGGGACUAAGCUCCCGUCCACCAUCCAGACCACGGGAAACACCUUACUCCUUCGUUUCCACGCCGACUUCUUCACUGAGGCUAAGGGCUUCAGAGCCUACUGGACAACGGACCCCACUCAGCCGGCCCCCACAGACCCCCCGGUGCCGCCCAACCCCUGGGAUGACAUCACCAUAGACUGGCCAAGCACCUGUGGAAAGCCUGCCAUCCCCCCCAUGGUCAACACCCGCAUCGUCAACGGAGAACCGGCUACCCCCCACUCCUGGCCUUGGCAGGUUUCCAUGCAGGUUUGGCCGGCCAGCCAGGAAACACCCAAGUUCUCACACACCUGUGGUGGCACCUUGAUCCACAGGAAGUGGGUGCUGACCGCCGCCCACUGCUUCAUCAGGUAUGCGGAUGAGCUGCAGCGCUGGCGUCUGUGCCUGGGCAAACACAAUCUGACGAUGGAGGAGCCCAGCCAGAAGUGUUUCGGCGUGCUCGCCAUCCACCGGCACGAGGGCUUCCGCUACCCGCAGGUGCCCACCGUAGAAUUCGACAUCGCUCUAGUCCAGCUGGAUGGGGAGGUGGUGCCCGGCGAUGAAAUCAGCUACGCCUGCCUGCCCCCCCCGGAGGAGGUGUUGCCCAAGGAUAAGAAGUGCUAUGCUACUGGCUGGGGGGACGAGACAGGUAACUCCACAGCCCCAAAAGCUGCAGAAACUCUGAACCAGGUGGCUCUGCCCGUCGUCCCCUACGACACGUGCAAGAGGAUGGACUACUGGUGGUUCCAGGUGAAGCCAUCCAUGAUCUGCUGCGGCUACACCAAGCCCGACGAGCUGAAGUCCGUCUGCCAGGGCGAUUCAGGAGGCCCGCUGGUUUGCCAGGAAGCCCCCGGGGCACCCUGGGCGAUUCAUGGCAUCACCAGCUUCGGGCCCAUCGGCUGUAUCAUGGACAAGAAGCCCAGCGUCUUCACUCGAGCGUCCGCCUACAUCCCAUGGAUAGAGAACAUCAUUCGGAAGGACAUCUUCGACUUGAUCACAUCUGGCUGCGGGGAUAUAAAGAAUGUGACGGGCACCGAGGGCAGACUGUCCUCCAUGGGCUACCCUGCUGCCUACAGCAACGAUGCCCGCUGCCAGUGGAACAUACUUGCGCCAGAGGGCAAGCUGGUGCACCUACACUUUGAGGCCUUUUCCCUGGAGGACAGCCAACUCUGCCUAAGCGACAGCGUCGCCCUCUCUGACCAGAUCGGCAGCCUGGGAACACAUUGCAACAACGUCAUACCAGCAGAUCUGGUGAGCACCGGUGAGAUCCUGAACAUCCGCUUCUCCUCCAACAACCGCGUGGUGGACACCGGCUUCCUGGCCAUGUGGAAGUCUGUAGAUCCUGUUGACAUCCCUAACUUGAUCAAGUGUGGGGGCCACUUCACCAGCGAGCAGGGGCAGAUCAUGUCCCCGGGCUGGCCCACCUCUGACUACCCGGCCCAAUUGGUGUGCACCUGGAGCAUCUCAGUGCCCCCUUCCAAGAAGAUCCACAUUAAGUUCACUGACUUCAACGUGCAAGCUGUCAGCCUUCUGGGGUCAUGCCAGGACUAUGUUGAGGUCUAUGAAGGACAGGGCACAGGACUUACCAAGCUAGGAACAUUCUGUGGUUUUAUGGCCCCGCCCACGGUAACCACGGGCAACGCAGCCCUGAUCCGGUUCGUCAGUAACGGCGCAAAGCAGGAUAAGGGAUUCCGUGGAUACUGGACGACGGACCUCAAUGAUUUCCCUACUCUGCCGGCUCCGCCCACCAAUCCUUGGGAUGACAUCGUCAUCGACUGGCCAGCGUCCUGCGGCAGGCCUGCCGUGCCCCCCAGUACCUCUGUGGCCCGCGUGGUAAAUGGUGUGGAGGCCGUGCCUCACUCCUGGCCCUGGCAGGUGUCCAUGCAGGGCCGGCUCUUCACUUUCAUGCCAUUCCAGCAUGCGUGCGGGGGCUCCCUGAUCCACGAGGAGUGGGUCCUGACGGCAGCCCAUUGCUUCAUGCAGCUUUCCAAACCCAACAUGUGGCAGCUCUGUCUGGGGAAGCACUACAUGAAUACAUCAGACGACGCCACGGAGGCCUGCUACACCGUGGAUAGGAUCCUAACCCACCCCGGCUUCGUCUACCCCCAGAGCAGCAUUGUAGCCAAUGACGUCGCCCUGGUCCACCUGGCACAGAGGGUCAACAUGACCAGGGAGAUCAGCCCGGUGUGUCUGCCUGAGGAUGACCAGGUUCUCCCAGGAGGAACGCACUGCUUCGUGACUGGCUGGGGUGAUGAGAAAGGAAGCCUGUUCCCUGUGGUGUCCAAACAGCUGAACCAGGCAGCACUGCCCGUGGUCCCCUUCGAGACGUGCAGCAAGCCACAGUAUUGGUGGGACAGUGUGCGUCCGUCUAUGAUCUGUGCCGGCUAUGAGUCCCCUGACGAGCUCAAGUCAGCCUGCCAGGGCGACUCCGGGGGACCGCUGGUCUACAAAGCCGAGGGCCCCGAUGCGAGCUGGCAAAUCCAAGGAAUUGUAAGCUUCGGGGCCAGGGGCUGCGCCAAGGACAAAAAGCCGUCCGUGUUCACCCGCGUCUCCGCCUUCUCCCCCUGGAUCCGCGACCAGAUAAAGCAGUUCAUCUAUGAGCAGAAGCCGAACAUAAAUCACUCUCCGGAAUAAGAUGGACUGCGCCGGGGAAAGGAAACCAGGCACCUUUUAUUACGUCUUUGGCGUGCAGACGUCUGUCUGACUGUGUUAUAACUCGUCAUGCAGAAAAUAAGUUUCCUGUGUAAACUGUAAAUUACUUGCUAUUAAUUGUACCCCGUGACCCUAUCCAGGAUAAAUGUGUAGAAGGUGGACAGAUGGAUGUUAAUUGCCAAUUCCUUUUUGACAUGUAAUAUUCUGUGACAACAUUCAAGUUUGUAAAGAUGCCAGAAUUUGUGAAAAAUGUGACAAGAUGUCAAAAUAUUUUAUAAUGAUAAUAGGGCCAGACAGCACGCUGACUCGUACAUGCUUAAUGCAUUAGCCGGACCUGUCUCUAGCCUUUUGGAUUUCUAAUAUAUGAUGUGUUCCCAAAAAA